CCCCUACCCCGUGGCCACCGUGCCUUUAAAACCGGGAGCUGCUGUUCUGUUGAGAUACUAGCCUGCUGUCCAUUACUACUAGUCUUCGCUCACUGCUGCUGCUAGAGCUCAGCUUAGCUCGAGUGCCGCCUGCUCCCAUUGCUGGGCUGUGCAAGCUUAACUAGGCUCGCUCUGCUCUAGAUUCUGCUCUAGAUUCGACGACAAUGGCCGGGGUCGGGAGGAACAUGGUGGCGCCGCUCAUGGUGCUCAACCUCAUCAUGUACCUCAUCGUCAUCGGCUUCGCGAGCUGGAACCUCAACCACUUCAUCAACGGCCAGACAAACUACCCUGGUGUGGCCGGCAACGGCGCGACGUUCUACUUCCUGGUGUUCGCGAUCCUCGCCGGCGUGGUGGGCGCGGCGUCGAAGCUGGCCGGCGUGCACCACGUCCGCGCGUGGCGCCACGACAGCCUCGCCACGAGCGCGGCGUCGUCGCUCAUCGCCUGGGCCGUCACCGCGCUCGCCUUCGGGCUGGCGUGCAAGGAGAUCCACAUCGGCGGCCACCGCGGGUGGCGCCUCCGCGUGCUCGAGGCCUUCGUCAUCAUCCUCGCCUUCACGCAGCUGCUCUACGUGAUGAUGCUCCACGCGGGCCUCUUCGGCGGCAGCGACGGCUACCGGGACCACGACUACGGCGUCGGCGGCGCCGCCGGCGAGCCCAAGGGCCCCAGGGUCUGAUCUGAUCGCCUCUCUGAAGCGCUCGAUCAUGCACGCGCGCUGCAGGCGCGCGCGGCGUUAACGUAAUAGUAGUAAUGGGAUGUGUGUGUGGGUGUUGAUGGUGUGUACAUCGUUGCUAUCUGCUCAUCUCCUGUUUCUAGUCAGGUCAGCUCAGCUCUGGCUUGUACAUGUACCCUGUCAAAUGUAUUUUGUGUGCCGUUGGUUUCAGUCAGUGACGACACUUGCGGGAGAUGAUUCAGGGUGUGUUUGGCUUAAUAUAACCUGUCAACUUCACCGAUGAUGCGUGCAUGAAGGCAUGAAUCCAUCCAUGACCGACGUCUUGAGCUCAAC